GUAAUAGCCUUGGCAAUUCACUCACUAUCACUUUCAAUACUUCUGGUAUAUGAGGAAACAUGAAUGUUCACUUUGUCCUCAUCGCAUUUGGGAUUGUCCUAGUUCAUUAUAUGUCUGGCGCUAUAUUUCCUGUCUUCUUUGACUGUUGCACAGAAGUAGCCAAUCACAUCCCCAGAAGAUGGUUAAGAAGAGUGGUGAAAUUUGAGAUCCAAAAGAGUGAUGAUUUAUGCAGAAUACCGGCUGUGAUUCUUCACACCAGGCGCAAAAAGCUAUGUGUAAGUCCAUUGAAUAAAAAUGUGAAGAGAUGGAUGAAGCAAAUGACCAGGUGUUGCCAGAGAAGUGAUCCAGAGAUCUGGAAAAGAAGAAAACUCAGAAGAGGGAGGAAAACUAUGAGGAAAGAUCAUAUAUUUGCUAUGUGCAAGAAAGAUGCUGCAAUCUGCACCAUGCAAUAAAUACGAUAAAAGUCUCAGAAUAAUGGAUCCCAUAAACAUUUUAACUUGUCUUUCAUUUAAAACUCCUUCCUGAAAAGACUACCACAGCUGAAUGUUUGCAGGUAAUGGCCAAGUCCACAAAUCAUAAAAUUGUUCUUAAUUGCACAUUCUGUUUAAGUCAUGACCUGUGAUUGACAAAGCACAUUUUGUAGGGUCAUAUAAGAUACUAACCAUCAUACGAUCAUUGAUUUUGGUUUAUACAGGUGGUCCUCAACUUACAACCAUUCAUUUAGUGGCACUUCAAAGUUACAAUGGCACUAAAAAAAUGAUUUACGAUUGUUGCAACCUGAAUUAAAGUAACUAGAAGAAUAAAUUGUAUAGACAAGGCAGGAGCCCUACAAAUACAUCAAACACAUUAACCCGGAAUCAGGGAACAGAGCCCGGGGAUAAGGACUUCUUGGACCCACAAGACAGAGAGUGGGUAUCAUCCUUAACUCUGGGGGUAGGAUGAUAUUCUAGAGCAGGCAUGUCAAACUCACGAUGUCACGUGACGUUGCGUGACGUAUCGUGACUUUUUCCCCAUUGCCGGCAAUUGGGUGGGCGCGGUUUUGGCAUGAUGCAUCCGGCCUGCAGGCUGGCAGUUUGACAUGCCCAUUCUAGAGCGUGUGGCUGAGACAGAGAAGGCAGACUUCCUAGGCCCCAUAUAAUGGCAGUGCUUAAUAGAC